UUAAUUUUUGCCACAACACACGGGAAAAAAUGGCUAGCGCAGAAUGGGAAGAGGUAAAGCGACUCGCCAAAGAUUUUCAGCGAGCUCAGCUGACCAGUGCGAGUCAAAAGUUGUCCGAGAGGAACUGCAUCGAGAUUGUCAACAAACUGAUCGAGAGCAAGAAGAUAGAAGUCAUCUACACCCUCGAUGGCAAGGAAUAUCUGACUCCAUCGCAGGUGGUGAAAGAGAUUCGAGAUGAGCUCAUCAUUCAUGGAGGCAGAAUCAAUCUUGUAGAGCUUCAACAGAUACUGAACAUCGACUUCAGCUACAUUGAAGCCAAGGCGAAUGAGGUGGUCAAGAAUGAUCGCAACGUGUUCUUGGUGCUUGGACAACUCAUAGACAAUGACUACCUUGACCACCUGGCCGAAGAGAUCAACGAUCAGCUCCAGGAAGCCGGUCAGGUGUCCAUCGCAGAGCUCACCAAGGCCAAUGACGUCCCUGCUGAUUUCUUGACCGAGGCUAUUGAGCGGAGGAUGGGCCGUAUCAUCGAGGGCCAGAUGGAUGCGUAUGAUAGAGGUGUGAUCUUUACUCAAGCCUUCGUCGACAGACACAGAGCUAGGAUACGAGGGAUCUUCAGUGCAAUUACAAAGCCUACUCCAGUUGCCAACAUACUAAACCAGUAUCACAUUCCAGAGAGGUUAUUUCAUAGUAUCCUAGAUGGUCUAGAAAAGGAUAAACGUUUGAAUGGCUCCCUCGUGGGUGGCCGACAGGAGAAGGCUUCCUACGUUCCUGAUAUCUUUACCAAGACGCAGAAUGCUUGGAUCGACUCCUUCUAUGCACAAAAUGGUUAUCUAGAAUAUGAUGCCUUGUCAAGACUGGGCAUCCCUGACCCAAAGUCCUUUGCCAAGCGUCGCUUCAAGUCUGAGAAGCUCCUGGUCCUGGAGUCCUGCUGCAUCGGCAAGGUUCUACAGGACAGGGUAGAGGCUAGCGUGGAGGAAGCACUGUCCUCCGGCACAUGGAUCGAUGUUUUGCCCCUCCUUCCCAGUUCCUUCACAUCCUCAGACUGUGGUCAGAUCCUGCAUCACUGCCUUAAAGGGAACCAUCAGCUCCAAGGCAAGGUCUUCUGCGAUACAAUCAUCUGCAGUCACAAGUUCAUGGCCAACUGCAAGGCGAUCUUCGAUCCCAUCAUGAAAGUCAAAGCAAAAGAGGAUGCCAAAAGAGCACCGGACAUGUUGCUGCACGCUGACAAGAAACCUUCUGGGGGAUCCGAUGUAAAGAAAGAUCGCAAAGAAGAGAGGAGAAAAAAGGCAUCAGGUGUUGGCGGGAGUGGUGGAGCCAAGGGCGGAAUAGGAGGACAGGCGAGGGAGGUCAAAACAAGGAAGGUCAAGAAAGGAAGAGCUAAAGAAGUAGAAGAAGACGAGGAUGAAGACGCACAGAAAUCGUCCAGAAUAUCAGCUUCCGAGUUCCCUUUCAUGACGCUAGAGAAGAUGGAAGAGACGUUGAGUGAGAAACUGGAUGAAUGUCCGGAGGAGUUGCAUGCGGAACUUGCGGAGGAGCUCUUCAGGCCUCUGACCCAGAACUACCAGGAGGUUGUGAAGAUUACAUUCCAGAUGAUGGCUGGAGGAAGCGCAGCGGCCAGGAGAAAGACCCGGGAGGAGCUCCAGGCUCGGAUCAAUGCCCUGUGGAAUAACAUCAGACAGUUCAUCAAGGGGGUCAAGCAAUGCUCAGAAGACGAGGACCUGGAGGGCCAGCUAUCCCGCUAUCUCCUCCGCUCGCUCUGUUCUGAUCUGACCAGCAUUCUGUGUUGCGCUGUCGCCGAACCGGCGAUCACCACGGAUCCUCUUACAUUCACACCAGAGAUUCGAUCAAAUAUCAUCAGCAAGCUACCAGACAAGAUCAAGGCAGUCAUGUCAAAACUGAAUAGCUCCCUCAAUGGCAAGGAUCUGGAUGAAUUUGUGGAGCACCUGGAGCAGUCAUGUGACCCGUCCAUCUGUGACAUCAUGCUCAAGAAGGCAGACAAGAAGAAAGACAGGCAAACUGUAUUCCACAUCCGGCAAUCCUUGUGUGAGCAGCUUAGGAAUGAGACAGAUUCCGCCUUGUCCCUUCACCUUACCGUCACUGUUGCCUUCCAAAACCAUACUCAGUGUAUGCUACAUUCACCAGGAAGGUGUGUACCUCAGCUGAUCACAUUCCUCAGUAAGCACCUCACCCCAGAACAACACGCCCUCCUCGUCCAGUACCAGGACCUGGUCCAGAAGCACAUGGCGAUCAUCAGAGAGCGAGACCAGAUCAACAGCGCCCCCUCUGGCGACGAGGAGGAGAAGAUGAAGGCCGCCAACGAGGAGAGUAGGAUUAAGACCCAACUCCAGGAUUUGCUGAACAAGAUAAAGGACGUGGCACUGGCCAAGAAGGGUUCAGCAGCUACCAAUGAAGAUUAAGCCAUUCAAUACAACUCCAAUAAUUUUAGUAUAACAUACAUUUUCCAUAGAUAACAGAACAGCCCAAAUAUCUCAUUCUUAGUAUUCAUAUGGUCAAAGCUCAAGUGCUGUCACUUUCUGUGGAUGUUUUGUUUUGUUUGAAGUCUGUGACUUCUCUCAGGGCUAAGGUAUUUGUUUCUAGUUCACUGUGACUGUGCUGUGGACCAGUGAUGGCCUGGUGGUAGAGUUGCUGCCCGGCAAGCAGUAGAUGCAGGUUCAAAUCCUGCUGGUUCCAAGAUUUUUUCUGACUUGUUUUCAAUUACAGAUCAAUCAGUCUUUAUUUACUGGGUAUAAGCCACAAAUGUAUUUUAACAAUUCUCUCAGGGCUGGUCAUGUAUUAACGAAUAUUUAUCAUUUUUGCUCUAGCGAUGGUUGUUCCUCAGUCAAAUUCCUACCUUAGUUCAAUCAUGCUCUAACUUUAGCCCUUAACCCAACACUACACCUUACCCUAAAC